AGAGCGGUGUGGUGGGCACCUGGCAUCCAGCCAGGCUCAAACUACCACAAGGUCAUAGCUUUUAGUCUCAGAAUUCAAGGUAACAUAGUGAACCUACUGCCUUCAUUGCUGUUUCUACAGAGCAUGCUCUAGUUUGCUCUACAGCUCUUCAUAUAGCCACUGAUGCAGAAAGUAUUCAGGAAAAUGAGCACAGCUUGCCACCUGGAGCUGUUAUGAACAUCUGCACACAAAGAGUGAUACAUUUCAGCACAGUUCACUGCUGCAGCUGAGAACAAUGUGUGGAUUUAGAUAAAAUCUCUGUGCUGUGCUGCUGUCUUGAAGUACUUUCUAGUUAGCAGAAAGGGUAAGAAUGGAGGCUUGGGGAAGUGUGUAAAACCACUGAACUCUGGCUUUGGUAUGUUUGCAUUUUGCACCAUGAUAGCACUUCUGCAGAGUUUAGCAGGAUCAUGGUUAACCAAAUACAAAAGUCUUAUGAAAGGAGUUUCUUUAGCAGUGCAUUUUAAAAUCUAUACAGAUCAGUUUUAAUCUAUUGAACUGAUGAGGAGCAAACAUGCAGAAACAAUUACAUCAGCUGUUUGAUUAGAUACAUUAAGCUUUCCAGUUCCCCUUCUGCCUGUGCUUGUUUAAUUUGCAGGCUCCCUGAAGAUAGCACAGUAUGUCAAUUCAUACAUCAAAAAAUGAAAAACAAUUUCUUUUUACCUCAGAAUCUGUUGCUGAAGGGCAUUCUGAGUGAAUCUGAACUGAUCAGCAAGAAGACCAUUGUUGAUACCUAUGGAGGCUGGGGAGCCUGUGGUGCAGGUGCAUUCUUUGGAAAAGAUCCCUCCAAAGUUGUCUCUUCUGCAGCAUGUGCAGCUCGCUGGAUCACAAAAUCUCUUGUGAAAGUUAGGCUCUACGAGAGAGUAUUAAUCCAGGGAGCUGGAUCUGAAGAGGUCAAUCUACCAAAAAAUAGCAUGCUAUGGGUACUUUAGGAGAGAAGAAUUUACAUGGGAAAUACCCAAAAAGCUUGUGUAUUAAGCUUUUCAGAAUGUUUCAUGUAAUUGAUGGAUGAUAGAAUUUUCAACUCUUCAAAAAAAUACUAUUGAAUCUUUUAAAAAUGACGGUCUGUAGCUAAUAGAUUUAAUAAAAAUUACACUUUAAAUGCAUGCUGCUCUAUCUUAACAUACUCUUCAGCUUUGUUUCUAAUAACUUGUGAGAAAUUUAGGCCUUUGGCUACAAUCAGAUAGUAUGUGCACAGACAGUGGUGGAAAUUGAAGUCAUUCCUGUCCUGCCAGGAAAGCCUGCUACUGCUCUACCAAGUCAUCUUUGUACUGAAGUGGAUGAAGUCGAUGAGGUAACUUCCAACAGCUCCCUGCAAGAAGGAAGCAAUAAUAGCACAAAUUGCCAUCAUCCUUUGGGCCAGGACUUCUACGACUACAGCUUUAGUUACGGUCCUUCUAGUCCAAGCAAAUAAGAAUACUCAUUUUGGAACAUUGAGCACUGUAGCCCUAAAUAUACUUGGCUAUGAGUAGUGUUGUAUGUCUGCUUUUAACAUUACAGUUUUGUAGGUUUAUGUGUGAAAACUGAUGAACUCCUGUGUCAUAAUUCUUCUGCUCAUUUAUAGUUACUCCUUCUCAAAAUGACAUUUUUCCAUGUCUGCAUGAGUUGGAAUUGGCUGUGUAAAGCUUUUUAUUAAAUUUCAUC